UCCUAUUAGAGGAAAUACGGUAUUUAAAUCCAGUCCUUUCAUUUCUCGAUCCUUGGAGAGCCUUCAUCAACCUCUUCCAUCAUUUCCUCCUCGUUUUUACUUCCUUCCUCCUUCCUUUUCUUUCAAAAAAAUUUUUUCUUCAUCCUCAUACAAUCACUAAAUAUUUCUUCUUCUUUUAUCUUCAAACACUUUUUUUAAAAAUAAAUAUAAAAAUAUUUCUGCAAACAACAAAAAAAUGUAAGGAAAUUUCCUUUCAUCUAUCCAUCACGCAUUUUACUCUUUUUAUUUUUCCUUAUUCUUUUUUUAAAUGUUUGCGCAAUCGUGACAGCCCCCUUCCCCUUUAAAGUUGCUUUAGCAGCUUCAUCACAUUCUUGGCCACUCAUAAUUUGUAUGUUUGUAUAGUUAAAGCAGCUGUACGAAUUUUUUCUUUCUUCUAUUUUUCGUCUUUGACUCAUUAAAAAUCAAAAAAAUUUUUAUUAAAAGUUUGGAGAACUUUUUAACACCUAGAUAUAAUCUAAAAACAGUCGACUAACGUAUAGAGUGAAUCCAAAAUGAGACCGUGAGAUCCUUUGUUCUUUUUUAAGAGGACAACUAAGGAUUUUUAGAAAGAAGGCUUCUUGGGAGAGAAGGCUUUUCAGGAGAUAAGGCUUUCGAAUGAGCUUUCGAAAUGUUGACCUUCGAAUAAGUUAACUAUAAUGGGUCAUGGGUCAACUAUUAUUAUAGAGGGACUUCACUAUAUACAUUGCUCAUUUCUUGGUAGUAGUCCACUGUAGAGGGAGUUAAUUAUACGGAAUUAAGCUUUAUAUCUAAGCCUAUCGACGUUAAUCAUUCUCUUCUUUGUUAAGGCUUUGGGACAUAAUUCUAAUUAAUUUUUAUUGCUUUAUUCUGAUGAGGGGAAUUAAUGAGAGAGUAUACUCCAAGUCCAGUCCCAACAGCUUUUGCUUCUGUUGGUGCCUUUGAUCAUUCUUUUGAAUCCAGCUCUCGUUCUGAUUUCAUGUCUGCAAGUGGUGGACCUGCUAGCACUGAUCAAAGAGCUGGGAGACAAACAACGAAUAUUCGAGAAAUUCCGAUUCAAAGAUCGGCUUCAGCUUUUGCACCUUCUAUUGGGGGAAUUAUGGGGAGUGGUGCUAGACCGAUACAGGCUGCAGCACCUCCACCUACCCACAAUGAAUAUUAUAGAAGAGAGGUUUUAACCCGAACAUUGGUUACACGCUCUACUGAAGCUUUGAGUGCACCUCCACCUUUAAGUCGUUCACCGCCAGUUGCACCAACACUGCCUCCUACACGUCCCUUAAAUGUUGAUCUUCCUCCUAGAGAUCAGCUUUCUGAGGAAUAUUGGGUUCGAUAUUCUCGCAACAUUGAAGAAGAAGAACGCCGACUACGCUCUGAACAGGAACAUCGUCGCCGAGCAGAAGAAGAACGUCGCCUUCGAGUAGAAGAACAACGCCGCCGUCUUGAACAACAAGAACAAGAAUUGGUCGAAAAAUUGCGGAGAGAAAGAGAACAAUUGGGGAAAACAUUGGAAGCCCAAAUGCUCGACAGGGAACGUGCUGAACGUGACAGAAUACAUCAGGAUCGGUUGGAAAGAGAAGCUGCUGAACGUCGACGUAGAGAGGUGGAAAUAAUACCUUUUGGGAAUUUUUGGUAUUGGAAUGAGGAGGAGGAAGUUAUUGAUGAAGAAUCCUUUGAGGCUGUGAAUGAGGAGGAGAAUAAUCGUUAUUUCUUGUUGGAUAUUCUUUGAAAAUUGGGGAGAAAUUUGAAUUUUUGAUUAAAAAUCUUGUAUAGCAAACAAGUAGGGUCCCUCCCCGCCCCUCC